UCGGGCGUGGCGCCCCGCUGCGAGAGUCGCGCCUGCAACCCUCGCAUGGGAAACCUGGCGCUGGGCCGCCGCGUGCUGACGCAGAGCGCCUGCGGCAAUAACGGCACCGAGCCCUACUGCGCCUACGCCGAGCCGGGCCCGGCGUGCGGCGCCGCCAAGUGCGGCAAGUGCAACGCCGCGCUGCCGCACCUGUCCCACUUGGCCGGCGCCAUGUCCGACUCGUCCUUUCGCCACCCCGACACCUGGUGGCAGUCGGCCGAGGGCGCCGAGUCGGAAACGGUGCAGCUGGACCUGGAGGCCGAGUUCUACUUCACGCACCUGAUCGUCGUCUUCCGCUCGCCGCGGCCCGCCGCCAUGACGCUGGAGCGCUCGCAAGACUUCGGGCGCACGUGGCAGACGCUGCAGUACUACGCCCGCAACUGCAGCGCCGCCUUCGGGCUCUCGGAGGGCAAGGCGGUCGGAGCGAGGCGGGACGGCGCCGCUUGCACUUCCAAGUACUCCGGGGCGUACCCGUGCACCAGAGGGGAGGUGAUCUACCGCACCCUCCCCAAGUGGGAGUCUUUGGACCCCUUCGGCCUGGAGGGCCAGCAGCAGCUGCGGGUCACCAACGUGCGCAUUCGGCUGCUCCGGCGCCAGCCGUGCCCCUGCCGGGCUAAAGACGGCGCCGCCUCGCCGCCCGCGCGCCACUUCGCCAUCUACGACCUGAUCGUGAAGGGCAGCUGCUUCUGCAACGGCCACGCCGAGCAGUGCGUGCCCGCGCCGGGGUACCGCCCCGUACGCGACCGCACCAACCACGUGGUCCACGGGAAGUGCGUGUGCCGACACAACACGGCCGGGGAGCACUGCGAGCGAUGCGCCGCUCUCUACAACGACCGGCCGUGGCAGCCCGCCGACGGCCUGACGGGGGCGCCGCACGAGUGUCGCAAAUGCAAGUGUAACGGGCACGCUCACAGCUGCCAUUUCGAUUGGGCGGCGUGGCGCGACUCUGGGCAGCGCAGCGGCGGCGUGUGCGACUGUCUGCACAACACCGAGGGGCGCCAGUGUCAGAACUGCAAGGCCGGCUUCUACCGGGACCCCCGCUGGCCGCGCACGGCGCCCGAGUCUUGCAAGGCCUGCGACUGUCACCCGGUUGGCUCCAUGGCGGCGCACGGCAGCGACGCGCUCUGCGACCCGGCCAACGGCGACUGCGUUUGCAAGCCGGGCGUGGGCGGGGCACGCUGCCACCGAUGCAUGGUGGGAUACUGGGGCUUCCACGAGUACGGGUGCCGGCCGUGCGACUGCGCCGGAGACUGCGACCCCUUCACGGGCGACUGCGCGGUCGGGUCGGACUUGUACGACUUGGAGGGAAAUUCCAGCGAACCCGUCCGAAUCUUCAGAGUGGACGAGCUCCUCUCCGCUCUUCAUUACUCAGAGAAGUGCGAGUGCAAAGAGCGGCCGCUGACCAACAGUAAACUGUUCUGCACCAUGAAUUACGCGUACGUGUUGAAGGUGAAAGUGCUGUCAGCCCACGACAAGGGCUCGCACGCCGAGGUGGAGGUGAAGGUCCAGAAAGUGCUGAGUCAGAAGGUCAAACUGCAGCGGGGGCGCGUCACCCUGUACCCCGAGUCGUGGACGGCCAGGGGGUGCACGUGCCCCAUCCUCAACCCGGGUGCCGAGUACCUGGUGGCGGGCCACGCCGACAGGAGGCGGGGCCACCUGCUGGUCAACAUGAAGAGCUUCGUCAAGCCUUGGACGUCCAGCCUGGGCCGCAAAGUGCUGGCGCUGCUCAAGAAGGACUGCAAUUGGUAA